AUGUGGUGGCGCCUACUUGCUUUCUGGCGGCUUCGCUUGGUACCCGGGGUGCGCGCGGUAGCUGCUUGCUGCGUUUUGGCACUUCUCAUCCUCUCGCUUUCUGGGCAUUCGUUGCAAGGCCGUGUCGUUGUGGUUGGCGAUGUGCACGGCUGUGCCGAUGAGCUUGCGGAGCUUUUGGAGGUUGUCAGCUUCAACCGUGCCAGAGACGAGCUUGUCUUCGUGGGCGAUCUCAUCGGCAAAGGCCCCGCUCCAAAAGCAGUGGUUCGGCUCGCCCGACGGUUGGGUGCUGCGGCGGUGCAGGGCAACCACGAGUUCAACCUUCUCUCCUGGCGCAAGCGCGGUGCCCCUCUACCAGAUGACCAGAAUGUCAUCAGCGCACGCUAUGCUGAAACUGUGGCCGAGCUGGAGGAGGAGGACUGGGCCUGGCUGGAGUCCCUUCCUCUCCACUUGGUGCUUCCCUUGCCUCGGGCCCACGUGCCCGUGGUGGUGGUUCAUGCUGGUUUGGUGCCAGGCGGUGGCCGGGGCUGCUAUGUCUCUCUCCAACAGCAUGGGUAUCCAAGCGAUUCCUCUGGAUGGGUCCGUGGGAUGAGGUAG